UGUUAAUUAAUAUUUUCUUUUAAUAUUAAACUAUCUCAUAGUAGUUGUGUGACAAUGGCAUACAAUAAAGAAGAUUUUGCACGGAAGGUUAAUGUAUUAUCUGAUAGAUAUCGAAGAGAAGACGAAAAGGAAAGUAGUCUUUUGGAAACAGAUGAUAAUUAUGUUCCUUACGUGCCAGUUAAAGAGCGUAAGAAACAACAACUAGCUAAACUUGGUAAACAUGGACAGCAUAAAGAUGAAGUUACUGUGGGUACCAUUGGAAAAAGUAGCAGUGACAAUGAAAAAGAUGACGCAGAUGACGAUGAUGGACAAGUAUGGGGAAGAAAGUCAAAUAUUUCCUUAUUAGAUCAACAUACUGAAUUAAAAAAAUUAGCAGAAGCAAAGAAGGAAAGUGCUAUGGAAAAACAAUUGAAAGAAGAAGAAAAAAUUCUAGAGAGCGUAGCAGAAAAUAAAGCUUUAAUGGGUGUAGCAGAAUUAGCAAAGGGUAUUCAAUAUGAGGAUCCAAUAAAGACCAGUUGGAGACCCCCAAGAGCAGUUCUAGCUGUUGGAGAAGCAAGGCACGAAAGAAUUAGGAGGAAGCUUCGGAUCUUAGUUGAAGGAGAUGAUGUCCCACCACCAUUGAAGAGCUUUAAAGAAAUGAAAUUUCAUAGAGGUAUAUUAAAUGGAUUAGAACAAAAGGGUAUCAUUAAACCAACACCGAUUCAAGUUCAAGGAAUACCAACUGUAUUAUCUGGUCGCGAUAUGAUUGGCAUUGCUUUUACAGGCAGCGGUAAAACAUUAGUAUUUGUUUUACCAAUUAUAAUGUUUUGUUUAGAACAAGAAGUGGCUAUGCCAUUUGUGAGAAAUGAAGGACCGUACGGUUUAAUAAUCUGUCCAUCUCGCGAAUUAGCAAAACAAACUUACGAUAUUAUUCGGCAUUAUACAAAUAGUUUACGACAAGCAGGCUGUCCUGAAAUACGCAGCUGUUUAGCAAUCGGAGGUGUACCUGUGUCAGAAUCUUUAGAAGUUAUCAACAAAGGUGUACAUAUUAUGGUGGCAACUCCUGGGAGAUUAAUGGAUAUGUUGGACAAAAAGAUGGUAAAACUUAGCGUGUGCCGUUAUCUUUGUAUGGACGAAGCAGAUCGCAUGAUCGAUAUGGGCUUUGAAGAAGAUGUGCGAACAAUUUUUUCGUUCUUUAGGGGUCAGAGGCAAACGUUAUUAUUUUCUGCAACGAUGCCUAAAAAGAUUCAAAAUUUUGCACGUUCUGCUCUGGUUAAACCUGUGACGAUUAAUGUUGGUCGCGCAGGUGCAGCGUCUAUGAAUGUAGUACAAGAAGUCGAAUAUGUCAAGCAAGAAGCUAAAAUCGUGUAUCUCCUAGAGUGUUUACAAAAAACUCCACCACCUGUACUUAUAUUUGCUGAAAAGAAACAAGACGUAGAUGCUAUUCAUGAGUAUCUAUUACUAAAGGGUGUCGAAGCGGUAGCAAUACACGGUGGAAAAGAUCAAGAAGAAAGAUCACGUUCUGUAGAAGCUUUUCGCGAAGGUCGAAAAGACGUGUUAGUUGCAACUGAUGUUGCGUCUAAAGGUCUUGAUUUUGCAGAUGUACAACACGUAAUAAAUUACGAUAUGCCGGACGAUGUUGAAAACUAUGUGCAUAGAAUUGGAAGAACCGGACGUUCUGGACGAACUGGAAUAGCGACAACGUUUAUUAAUAAGGCAAAUGAUGAAUCUGUCUUGUUGGAUCUUAAACAUUUACUAAUGGAAGCAAAACAGAAAGUUCCACCGUUCUUGUUGGAACUUUGUUCAGAGAACGAAAAAUAUCUUAACUUGGGAGACGAGCGUGGAUGCAGUUAUUGCGGUGGUCUUGGUCAUAGAAUCACAGAAUGUCCUAAACUGGAAGCUAUCCAAAAUAAACAAGCAUCCAAUAUUGGACGCCGUGAUUACUUGGCCAGCAAUGCAGCUGACUAUUAA